UGCAUGUAAUCACAAAAUAAAAAAAAACAUUGCCGAUUUAAGAUGCAAGUUUGUUUGCGUACGAGAAGCAAACAAGUGAUUUUUUACGUGGACCAUUUGUCGGUGACUCCUCUAAAUUUCUUCGUUAAGUUAACUUUCUAUAACAGAAAGAUCUAAACAAGCCAACUCAAUUUUAAGAUUAUUAUUAUGGCAGUGAUGAAUGUCGAAUUUUAAAUACAGCGGAUGAUAGUGCAUGGAUCAAUCUAGUUUCUCUACUUCUUCCAAAUGCUGCAAUAUAUUUUUGUUAACAUACCCUAUUAAAAAGCCGUUGUCUGUCUGUUUGUCUGUUUGUAACGGCACGAAAUCUAGAUGCUGAAAAUAAGAAAUGCAAUAUAGCUUUUAUCGAGACGGGCGAUUUCUUGUGGAUUCUUCUCAGGCUAACGACUAGUUCUAUUAAAAUUUGCGUUCUUGGAUUUACUUUUUUAAUUUUACUGGCGUUUUUUACGAGUUUUCUUGUUAGGACUUGUUUUAUAAGUAAAUGAAUGGAAGGGCUUUUAUUCAUAUAUUUUUUUAUUUCAGUCGCAUUUUACGUACGUCAUCGAGUUUGGCGUCCGUCAUUGAUGUAGGAGUUUGAGUGCAAUCUUAACUGACGUCAAACAAGUCGUAUUUUUGUUUAAAAAUUAUUUUUAGUAAAAAAAUAUGGAUAUUCCGUUACAAUUCCACGAGUUUUAUCAUUUAAAUCACGCUGAAAAAUGUCCAAAAUACACUGAGAUAUUACGCAAAGUGGAUUCCAUCGUACCAAAUGAAGUACACGCACUGUACACAGACUUGGAAACUUUACAGGGAGCAUCUAAUAUAAGAUUGAGACGUUUGGAAGAAGAGGUCAAAAUUCUGACUGAAUGGUGUGACAAAAAAGACCGUGGGAAGACCGAAUCAGAAUUGGAAUUUUUAUCGAACGUCACGACCAGUAAAAGAUCGCGUACAGCUGGCAACGAGGAAGUUAGAACGUCGAAGAAACAAAAAAUAGAAGAACCAUCCAAAGCAAGCAGUUCAAGAAUUAGAAACAAAGGUAAAGUGACGGGUGAAGCGAACGACUCCGAUGCUUAUACAACGACAAAACCACGGCUAACAUACGAUGCUUCGAACAAAUUUUGGGGUUAUGUCGAACCUUACUGUAGCGACGUUACACCUGAAGAUAUAAAAACGUUGGAGGAUUCACUAACAAGUAAAGCUGAUAUUACAGAAUAUUUUAAAAUCCCACCUCUUGGGAAACAUUACUCGGAGGUUUGGGCGAAAGAAGAUUUUGUGGAAGAACAACAGCAGGUAAAUAAGUUCGAUAAAAAACGCUCAUCGCAACUUGGGAACGUAAAUACUGUCGAAUCAAAAUUUACGAAUAUCGACGUUAAUAAUAUGCAAGUGGACUCCGAUGAAUAUUGCACUUAUGGUACUUUUACGCAGAGGUUAGUUUCUGCGCUUGUUGAUGAGAAUAUUAUGGCUCCUGUAACGGAAACCGAACUACACGACGUUAUUGUCGAUAGCGUCCCAAAAACUGACGUUAAAUCGAGCUCUAAAAAGACCGUUGGUACAGCUACUACGAAAUCGCUUGAGGCUGCCAUAAGAGAAGAACUGUUCGCGUUGGGUUUAAUCGAGUCUUCCGCUGAGGACGAUGCAGAAUUCGAUGCAGAAGAUGAAAUUCUCACAGAAUUGCGCAAAUGUCAAAGCGAAUUAAAAGUACUUCGGUCCCAUAACAAACACGCGAUAAAUAAAUUAAUAGCGCGCGCAAAGUUCGCCAUGAAGAAACAAGAAGUGCGACAAAAAGCGAAAGUAUUAGACGCCGAAGUGCUCGAUAUAUUUCGCCGGUUUACUUCUUCGAAGGCCAGAAAGAAAGGAUUUCCAAGAAAAGACCGAGAACUAGCAUGGAAGGCUAUUCGCGAAAGAGAAGCGCUGUGGAAACUUGCAGAUAGCAAAGACACAGAAAAAUAAGUUUUCAUAUUGUAGCUUAAAUUUCGAUCAAAAAUACUACAAAUAGCGAAAUAAUAUAGUGGUACCCUCUGCGAAUAUUUGUUACCAUCUGCGAAGGAAAGUCUCUCGUGAAUAUUAGCCAUUAUCUGAUGAUAUUUUUAUACUAAUUCAGUCUAACAUAGACUGGUGUUUUUAUCAGUUAAAAACAUCUUAAAAUAAUGACUGGGAUGAACGAGACAAAUACUUUCUGUUUCUUCAGCACCCUUCAAUCAUAUUUCUGGGGUGGUAAACUUUGCAACAGUUAAAAGCUGAGAACUUUCUCCACUCCAAAUCCAGAAUUAUAUCACGUAAUAACGUCUACUAUGGUUACUAAAAGCGGGAAGUCAACACAAACACUGUUCGAGAACAAUUUUUGCUGUAAGUGAAUGAUUGUAAAGCCUAUAUUUUUGUGGAGCUUCUGUCAUUCAGAGAAAGAUCACGUUCUAGGAACUUCAUAGAUUUUCUGAUUCAGGGAUAUUGUGAUAAGUUAUAUACUCCGUUCAGUCCUUUUUUUAGUGUUGUUGUCAUGGCAAAAAUAUUAAUUUUCGUGUAUUUCAAAGCGAUAUGAAGUUGAAAUUCUUCAUGCAAUUAUUAAAUAAAAUCUAUCAAUAAUAUUUUCUAUGAGUUGCGAAAACUGCAAAAAAAUAAAAGCUUGUUUAGUUUAUUGCGAUGCUUUUAGCAUAUUUUUCGAACACUACUCUCACCAUUGAAAUGAUCAAACUGUUUUAACGCAUUGGAAAAAGUCACUUUACAAAAAAAAAAAAUUGUCAAGCUUUUUUCUUG